AUGGUGCAUCUUCCAAGGUAUGCAGCGUUGAAAUCAAGGUGCAAUAACAACUAUUUGCGCUGUACAAAUGAAGCUUCACCAGGACAAACAUUUCUGAAAUACUCAGGAGAUGAGAUUUUUUCUCCACACACAAAGUUUGAAUUGGAGCAAGCCAAAGCUGACCCAUCUUUAGUCCACAUACGAUGUUGUUACAACAACAAAUAUUUGGUUAGUUGGUCCGAAGACCGUUCUUACAUUGUUGCAGGAGCUGAACAAAAAGAAGAAGAUCGAUACAAAUGGACUUGCACAUUGUUUCGACCUGUUUAUUUUGAUACCUACAAUGUAGGAUUUCGAUUUCGUCAUGCCCAUCGUGAGUUCUUUUUAUGCUUGUGGAGAGACGAUGGCCCUCGUGGGGAUUGCUUGCGUGCACUAUGGCCAUCGGUGGACCCUAACAGAGAUCUCUGUGAUCUCCAUGAAAUCACUGAUUGGGAGUUAUUGCUUUCGAUACCUAAAUAUAUUGCUUUUAAAGGCGAUAAUGGUUGUUACCUUCGUGGCUACUGGAAUGGAUAUCAUCCAUACCUACAAUUUUCAUCAAGUGAUAUUAGAGAUUCUUCCGUUGUAAUGGAAACAUUCCUCACUAAGGAUGGAAGUAUUCGUAUAAAGUCGAAUCAUUUUGGAAGAUUUUGGAGACUUAGUCCUAACUGGAUUUGGGCGGACUCCACUGACACCACGUCCCAAAAUAUUGAUACUUUAUUUUGGCCAGUUAAAGUUGAUUCUUCCAAUGUCAUUGCUCUUCGUAGUAUGAGUAACAAAAACUAUGUCAAAAGGCUCACUGCCGAUGACAAGACAAGUUGUCUCAAUGCUGCYGAACACUCCAUUAACUUCUACACACGAUUGGAAAUGGUGGAGCCUGUGUUUUCACGAAAGAUCUAUAAUGUAAACUUUCGUCUCUCUGAUGCCAGGAUUUAUGAUCAAACUGUGAUGCUCAUGGCAACUGCAACUGCUACUAACAAAACACAAGCAUCCAACACUGUGAACUUGAAACUCUCAUAUACUGACACCAAAUCCAGCACGUGGACUUCUUCCAUUUCGAUGAAGCUAGGUAUCGCAACAACAAUUGAAACAGGAGUUCCCUUUAUUGCUGAUGGAAAGAUUGAAGUUUCAGCUGAGUUUUCAGGAGGGUAUGAAUGGGGAAAAACUAAAACUUCAUCAAAGACACUGGAAAUAGCAUAUGACGUAUCUGUGCCACCAAUGACAACUAUAAUCGUCAGUUUGUUGGCAACUAAGGGAACAUGUGACAUUCCGUACUCRUAUACACAAUGCGAUAGUCUCUAUGAUGGGAGAACAAUUACCUAUGAUAUGGAUGAUGGUGUUUACCAUAGUGUCAACUGCUACAACUUCAAAUAUGAAACCAAACCCAAAGCAAUUUAA